GAGAACGAGUGGUUCGCUGUCAACAUGGUCGACUUCUACAACCAGAUCAAUCUUCUCUACGGAGCCAUCACAGAGUUCUGCUCUCCACAGUCGUGUCCGGAGAUGAAAGCCACCGAUGAAUUCGAAUAUCUGUGGCAGGACAACGAAAACUACAAGCGUCCAACCAAGAUGGCUGCGCCAGCCUACAUCGAACAGCUCAUGACCUGGGUCCAGGGCAACAUCGACAACGAGGCUGUCAUGCCCAGCCGGAUCGGUGUACCUUUUCCAAAGACUUUCCCAUCGCUGGUCCGCCAGAUCUUUAAGCGCAUGUAUCGUGUCUACGCUCACAUCUAUUGCCACCACUACCCUGUCAUCCGUGAGCUCGGCCUGGAGCCCCAUCUCAACACAAGUUUCAAGCAGUACGUGUUGUUCAUUGACGAGCACAACCUCGCGACCGGAAAGGACUUCUGGGGCCCUCUUGGUGAUCUGGUGGACAGCAUGCUGCGGUCUGACUGAGCACCAUCAUGAGAUGACUCAAAAACACAGACGGUCCUAUGUCCUCCUUUGUUCGUUCUGGUAUUGGCGUUGGGGCAUUGGUUUUGCGUGUAUCGUCUAGCAUACCUAGGUACUGGUGUUAGGGUGGGCUAAUGGAAGGUCUGGUUGGUUGUCGUUGUUGAGGGCUGGACGCACUGGACUAUGCUUGCGGGGACCUGGGUGAUCUUUCAGGUCUAAAAAAUAAGGUAGACCGAAUGGGUAAGAAUUCACAGGAAAUUUUCCUUCUUUUUUGCAGGUCUAUAAUUCACGUGUUGGAGACCGGGAGAAUGAGAGGCUCUCGAGGACCCGGUGCAACUCCUCU